GAGAGGCAUUAUAAAUUUGGAAUUGUUUUCACAAAAACAAAUUUGAAUCGUAAGGGUAGGAAUAUUACUAAGUUCCAAAAAGGUUCGCGGCUUCUCCAUGUGCCUAUUUGUAUCGUCGAGAGAACAGAGUAGAAAACGAUUUGAGGGUUAAUUUGUGGGAGAAGCGCUAUUUCCUUUUCCCCUGCAUUCAUUCUCCAAGCGCUAUUUCAAUCAAUCAAUGGGAAGGAGUUCUGGUCAUCUAAAUUUUCACCACAUGAUGAAGAACUCCCGAGAGAAGAUGGGGCAGAUCUCCUCAAAAGACGUUGAUGUAUUUUGUCAGUUUAUUACACUCUUAAGGAAUUUACUGGCUGGAAGAAUUGAUGCAAGAGGUGUCAGAGCAAUUGUGCAGGGAUUGUGUAGAGGAGAUACAGAUUUGAUGUUGAAACUCUACAACUUCCCUCCAAAACAAUAUCAAACCAUACUUCCAUUUCAACUUUCUGAGAUGACCGGGGUCAAACGGAAAAAGGUGAACAAGGUAGAAGAGAACUGUGAACUUCCUUGCGAUGUGCUAGAAAACAUUUCCAAAACACUAGAUUUUGAUGAUCUCUUUCACUUUUCCGGAGUGUGCAAGAAUUGGAGGGCUUUUCAUAAAAUCUACGUGACAAAUUUCUUGGCAUACCACGAACCAUUACUUCUUCAAAUUUUGUUUGAUGAUGAACAAAAGGAAUCAUUUUCCUUAAUCAGCAUAUCCAACCAGAAAGUUUAUUGCUUAAAGAUGAUGGACUACAUCGUGAAAUCUCACUAUCUUGCAUUUUUUGGCGGAUAUUUUGUCAAGGUGGCGUCGUUUAAUAAUAAAUUUCUGCUAAUCAAUCCAUUUACGAGAACAAAGAAGGUAAUCGAUGUAUUCACCUUUAAAGUUUACCCUGGUACUUAUGCUAACCAUGCAUUGCUUGCUUUUAGCAAAUGCUCUGAGGAAUUUGUUUUGGUGGUUUUAUGCUUAAUUUCCGACACUUUGCGUGUCUAUCAAUCUCGAAACUGCGAUUGGGUUACUUAUUCUUCAACAAUGGAAAAUAAGGAGAGGGUUGUUCACUUUGUGGUUUUACAUAAUAUAAUAUACAUUGUCACUAACAAGGCCAACAUAGGGGUACUCAGCUUAAAUUCUCCAAAUAUUAAAUUUCUAAAACUGAAGAAUACUCCUGAUGCAACCGACAUAAACUUUAGGUUGGUUAGUUGUAACUUUAAUUAGGUUGGUUAAUUGUGAUGAGCAACUUUUAGUGGUUGAUAUAAUGUCGGAGAAAGUAAGUAUAAUGUGUACAAGAUAGACUUCUCCACUAUGAAUUAUGUCAAACUAGAAAAUUUGGGCGACAUUGCGUUAUUUUAUUCUUUUGAUCCUUCGAUUAGGAGAUGUUAUGCAUUGAGCAAUCCAAGCAGGUGGGGAUAUGAGAGCAACUCUGUGUAUGUCACGAGUUUUUCAUCUACAAUAUGUAGAGUGUACUCAGGGGAUGAUAAAAAAUUUAAAAAAUGCAUCACGCUUCCAACUCCUAGUGAAACGGGCGACUUCAUAUUCGAUUGGUGUUUUGGACAUCUACAAUACAAGAUAGAUUAUUCUCUGGUUGAGUAACUUCCAUAUUGUACACUGUCUUGCUUAUCGUCUUUGUGUUUCAACCUAUUUUGUUUUUGCUUGUGUGAAGCUUGUAAUUUAAUUAUAACUAGAAUAAGGGUCACCUUAUAUUUGAGUCUUGUACUAUUUAUUAUUUUAAUUGUAUUCGGAUUCAUUUGAUACUCAUACGAGUCUUUUUUUCUUA